AUGCCGCCAUCAGAAAUUUCGCCUGUACUGACUGAAGAGGAGUGUACGCAUAGAAGUCUCAGGGAAGUUUGCGGGCUUGCCGGUAGGCCGGUUAAUGCUUGCUCAUUAGUGACAGUAAUGGUAAAGAAUUAUGCCCGUGUACGAGUGACUGCUACUCCCGAUGUUCCUCUGUGUUUGGAAUACGGACAGUUUAAAGGCAACGCGUUCGGGUGUUCGGGAGCUCUGGCCGGGGGAGAGCGCGGGCUUACGCCAGCGAUUGGGGCAAGCAGCAAUGCGCGCUUGGAGUGGAGUUGCUACGCUGUGCACGACAUCUACGAGCAAGCAUGGGUUGCUUGCGCGCUUGUGGAGCGCGAAAGCUUGACUUUUGCAAGAAAAGCGCGGGCUGGCGCCAGUUUUCGAAUUGAGGCAUCAUAACCACAAGAAUUGAUAGGUAAAAAGCAUAGAGUGCCCAAUCAUAGAAAGGGUUUCGUUUUCUAAUUUUC